AUGAUGGAGCGUAACAUUGAGGCAGUGAAUGACCCAACAAACGCAGGUUUCGCUGCUAAGACACAGCAGUACAACGGUCGAUGUCGGCAGCUGGAUCCUCAACAUCAGGUGCCUGAGUCUUCACUGAUCAGCACAGCUGAGGACCGUGCGAUCUCUACCAAAAACUACAUGUCACUGCUUACAAGUGUACUGGCAUGCCGCCAGAUUGGAGUGCUACUCAGCUUACAUACUCUUACGACGACGGAUAACGGCGGACUUUGGUAUAGUGAAAGCAUCACGCAGACCGAAGAUAUUUGCAGUAAGACAUUCUGGAAUGUCAUCGGUCUCGAUCUCAAGAACGAACGUGGCUUGCAGAAGAUUAACGAGUAUCCGUCAAACUCCAUGUUAGCAAACCAUAUUUCAGCAACUAUGGACAAUGUGUUUGGCUUUAUCGUGGAUAACACGUCUACCGCGCUGCUGCUAGUGGAGAACGGUUGGGCUGGCGGCUUUGUGUGGUCUUUGAACCCGGAAACUAGCUCCGGAGGACGCAAGCAGCAGACCGACAUGACGACAGAGGCAGAUGAAGCCUUCUUGCCAGAGCAAGUGCGUGUACCGCAGCCGUUUUUUUCGGUCGUAAAUGCUCCUAAGGUGGCAUCCAUCGCCCGUGAGGCGCUAGUAGAGCGGAUUAAACUGCGAAAGGCGAAUGAAGGUCACGUAAAGGAGCGUUACAAGGACAUCAAAGAUGACGUGACUGCUGUGAUGAGGAGUGGGAACAGCUCUUUUGAUGAAUACUUGCUCGACACUCUUGGGGAACAUUUUCGCGACGAGCUUCACAUGGACAUGAAAAACAUGAACAUCGAUCCGAGAAAUAAGGUGCGAAUUGAGCUCGACUAUCGUUUUCCUGAGGCAAAGACGGUCAUCAAGAAGCUAUAUAGCUUGCCAGUCGAGUGCUCAACCAUUCCUGGCGACUCAGGUGAGCUCUUGUUGGGUAACGACCUGUUGCUCUUCUUAGGAAUUGACGUUAAGCGGCAAAUUGACAUGCUAGCAGUGCCUUUCGCGGCUGAUACGGACGGAGAUGAAUUUGACGAUGCCGACGAACCAACUAUUGGUAUCGACGGCUUAAAAGAUGAUGAUAUGCAAGGCUCGCCAGAGAUACGACGCUUCGUGGAUGACUUUAACUCCAAGCUUAUCGAAUUAGGCUGGGUAUACGAGAAUCAGGCAACUCGUUGGGCGUGUCCAGCACGGUCGGUGAGGAAAGGAGCGGGAGAAUUUCGCCAGACAGCCGGUUAUAAACCGGUGAACGCGUUGGUUGAGGCGAUUGUUGGUGUGAUGCCCGACUUGAGUACCGAUUUCAGUGAUAUUGAAGGAGCAGUUUUCUUCAGGCUGUUUGACUUCAUGGAGGGCUACUGGCAAUUGGCACUGACUGAAGCAUCGAACAGCGUCAAGUUGGUUUUCCCUGUGGAACAUGCAACAAUUUUCCAGUUGUACUGCGAACAUCGAAACUUGUUCUGCAUUUUUGCUCCGGGUGCGGGAGUAAAAAAACAUAUUGGAGGCCAACUGCCCAGAUUGCGGCUAAAAGGAAACAGGGACAACCCAAAACAACGGAAAUUUCUGGAGCUACCAGAACAGCCGAGCCAACAUCGAACGCUGGCUAGCUGUAAUGAAAGCCAGCGAGCAGAAACAGACGUCCAUUCAUCGAGAUUGAAGCUCUAUGCGGACAGCUCGUUGCAGAUCACGGCGGAAAUUCGGAAGCAUGUUGCAGCUCAGGGGAAGAUCCUGGCGUGCUUCGAAGAGGAAGCUUUGGACUCGAGGUCGUCUGGAUCCGACUAG